UUGUGUGAGAGAUCAGAUGCGAAAGUGGGCGUGUUGUCGUUUUCCCCUUGUGUGUGGGUUUGGGACUCUUGGCUGUGAGGGAUUGUGGAAAGGUGUCUCUUGUCACCUUUUUGUGGCCCAAGACGAGGCUGAGCAGGUCACCCUCUGGGGUUUUAGGACACGCCCACUUGUCAACGAUUUGUGUUUGUGGUGGACAAGUACCGAGCUGCGUGGAAAAAAGCGUAGGAAAGUUGAGUACCGACACGGCCCUGAACCGCGGAAUUAGGUUUUUGUAGUGCCAGGAUGCGCAAGCGCUUGCCUCCCGCUGCGUACCUUUCGUGCAUCUCGUGUUUGAAUUGGAAGUGGUUUGGGUGGGAGAUCUUGCAUGGGGCAAAGAACGUGUUGUGGGGGACUUUCAGAGCGGCAGGUGUGCGGUGGAAUGUCGCGCUGUGAUGGACGCUCGGUUACGCUCGCCGCAAUCACGGAGAUUUCUAACAGUAGCUUUGGGCAGACCUGGAAAGGAUUUCACUUCUUUCUUUGAUGCGGACCCAGGUGGAGAUCCCUUGAUGCCGCGACGGGUCCUGAGAUAGUCUGUUCUUGGUGUGUCAAUUGGUUUUUUUUUGUUUUUUGUUUUUUGUUUUUUUUUUUUUCGCUAUGGGGCCGUCAGGAGUUGAAAGAAGCUGAAUGUUGUGAGGUCUUCGCUUCGGGUGAAGCGUUUCCGUUGUACCUAAGGUACAGUCCACUUCACAGAAUAGCCUGUCGUGGUAAUUUUGCUGCUGUUGGGAAGCGUUUAUUUUCAUUUUUCUUUAUCAGUUUGGGACAAGUACAUACCCUAAUUUUUUUAAGAGGACUAUUGCUUCUGUUAGUAAGUGCGGUUUCAGCAUCUGAUCGGAGGAUUUCAUUUAGGGAUUUCUGUAUAAUUGAUUUGGGUCAAAUGCGGCAUGUCAGGUUCAUUCAGCACCUCCUUACACGUUUGAGUCUUUCUAUCAUGUAAAUAAAAUAGUAUUUUUUUGGUUCCUUGUUAUAUAUGUAGAAUCUCCUAUAUGAUGCCUGCGGUGCCACAACUGCGUGUUUCGUAGGUUUGUCCCUCUCAGGAAUUGAUUAUCUCUGCACCUGCAGACAACAUAGUUUUGAAUGGCCGCCGAUGAUAGUCAAGGCGGCAUACCCUGGCUGGCUGAUGGGUUACUUAUUCGACCUGAGCUCACAAAUGGUGGUGAACCGAACCCUUCGUCCGAAGUUGGUGAGCAUGACAAUAGCAGGAAAGAAUUCAUAGACACGGACCAGGCUAAAGUUCCAGACGAGCAGCUGACAUACGAUGAAGCAUUAUUAUGUGAAGCAGCUGAAGCCAGCUACACCUUCGCGUCAGGGCACGGAAACCUUUUAGGAGGUUCCGAGAUACCCGAAACUGAGCCUGAAGCACAGGCUUUUGACAGUCCAAUUGGUUACGCUCCGCUUCCAAAGUUGAAAGAGAGAUUUUUGUCUUACGAUGAUGACCUGGCUCAAUUCGUGAAGCCUUCUUUGAUGAGAAAUCUUCUAGUUGGGAACGAGCAACAUGAGACUAUAUCUAUGGAGAGAACUUCCCUUCAAAGCUUGGAGGAAUAUUAUAAACAGGAGAUUCGAAAUCUGCGUCCUGGAUCGGAUGCACGAUCACUCCUACAGAAUCCGACGACACCACCGCAUAACCACCGAAAACGUGUCAAGUACCUUCCUCUCCUCUCGCGACAACAUCCUCUAAGUGCCAGUGCAGGUGGACCUUCAGUAGACUACUCAAGCUCAUCCAGCUGUCAGUCGUUGCAAUUCGAAGGUUUUCCCAGAGAGAGUUCAUCAAUAGGUCCCCCUUCCAAUCCCUCAUCGCAGUUGCUGGAUAGAAGUGAGGGCAACAUGGAGUCUGGCAAUGCCGGAGAUGGGAGUGAGGAUAGCAACGUCGAAAAGGCGAAGGUUAAUGGAUCACGCUUUGAUCUAACCGACGAUUUGCUCAUCAAGGUGUUCUCCUGUUUGGACCAUAUCACUCUAUGUCACGCGGCUUUGGUUUGUAGACAGUGGCGUGCAGCAAGUGUCCAUGAAGAUUUUUGGAAAUCAUUGAAUUUUGAGUACCGCAAAGUAACAAAUGCGCAAGUUGCGGAAGUGUGCGCUCGUUAUCCAAGGGCAACCGAGCUACAUUUGAAGAAUACAGCCAAUGUUGAAGAUUGGCUGAUCCUUGAUGCUAUGCGUUCUCUCAGGAACCUGGAGGUGCUCACAUUGGGUGGAAAUUUGCUGGAUGAAAUGUUUUUCUCUACAAUUUCUAACUCUGCAUCUUUACGCACUUUGAGUAUAACGGAUGCUAGCUUGGGAAGUGGAGGUGCUCAAGAAGUGCAGCUACGACAUGAAGGUUUACGUUCACUGCAAAUUAUCAAGUGCCGGGUCCUCCGACUUGCCAUUAGGUGUCCACAACUGGAGGAACUUUCGCUGAAUCGAACUGGUACUGCUUCUGCGGUGCUGCAUUGCCCUCGUCUUACGAGCUUAAAUGUCUCGUCUUGUCACAAGCUUUCGGAUGCUGGAGUUCGUGCUGCCGCAAUAGCCUGUCCACUGCUGACAUCUUUGAACAUUUCCAGCUGUGCGUAUGUCACUGAUGAUACUCUUCGCGAGGUUUCUCUUGCGUGCCCAAAUCUUGAGAUUCUUGAUGCCUCCAACUGUUCCAAUAUUUCCCUUGAGGGAGUGCGCAUGCCCAUGUUGACAGAGCUUAGACUGCAAAAUUGUGAAGGCAUUAACUCCUCCUCUAUGGCUGCUCUUUCACAUUGCAUAAUGCUCGAGGUGUUGGCUAUGGACUGCUGUUGGCUGCUUACAUCGGUGACUCUCGACCUGCCACAUUUGCGAUCCAUCAGCUUGGCUAAUAAUAAGAAGUUGGUGGAGCUUACAUUACGCAGUCCUUUUCUUGCUUCGCUCAACCUCACUAAUUGUCCCGCUCUUAAUCACAUCGACCUCGCUUCCAGCAGUCUGCUGAGACUUGACCUGAAAAAUCAAUCGAGUUUGGCAAGUUUGGCUUUGCGUUGCCCUUGGCUACGAGUUGUAGACCUCUCUGACUGUGAAUCUCUGACAGACCUGGUCUGCAACGUUUUCAGCGAAGGAGGAGGCUGCCCAAAACUGAAUACGCUGGUUCUUGACAAUUGUGAUGGCUUGGUGAAAGUGAAGCUCUGUACUGCAUCUCUUGAGAAGCUCUCAUUAGUGGGUUGCAGAAAGGUUUCGACCCUUGAGCUGUCGUGCAUUGGGCUCCAGCACCUUCACUUGGAUGGGUGUGACCGUCUGAUAGAUGCCUAUUUUGUUCCAGUUGGAUUAUUGUCUUUGAACCUUGGCAUCUGCCCCCAUCUGACAAAUCUGGUAAUCAAGGCCGAUCAGAUGAUAGCCUUGGAUUUGCGGGGUUGUGGACUUCUUUCUCAAGCGAUCAUCGAUUGUCCAAGUCUUUCAUCUUUAGACGCUUCAUAUUGCAGUAAAUUGGGUGACGAGUGUUUGGCGACCACAACCUCUGCUUGCCCAGCAAUUCAGCAACUCGUCUUGGCUGCAUGCUUCUUAGUUGGUCCUGCGGGGCUCUUGGCUUUGAAGAAACUGGUUGAUUUGACUGUUCUAGACCUCUCCUACACUUUUCUUACUGAUCUAUCACCAAUUUUUGAAGCUUGCCCCCGUCUGAAGGUCUUGAGACUAUCUGCUUGUAAGUAUCUUGAGGAAAACGCUCUGGAUGCUUUGCAUGGUGGCAAGAAGCUCCCCGAACUUCAAGAACUGGACAUAUCAUAUGGCAGCUUGGGUCGGAGGGCCAUUGAAACUGUUCUUACUGAAUGCCCCCAUCUGGUUCACAUAAGCCUCAAUGGCUGUGCAAGUGUGACUGAUCAUUUAUGGGCUCAUCUUUGCUCACGACAAGAACCUCUAGAACCGGCUGAUUCAAUGGACGUUUUUCCUACGAGUGUAGACAUGGUUGACUUGGUUGCGGAGCAGGGCAGUGCAAGGGAUGCUAACUCUGCAAUGGAGGUGGUUGUUGGAAAUCGGAGCAGCGUUGAGUUUUCUACUUCUGAACGCGCACUGCAGAGCUUGAGUUGCGUUGGCUGUCAAAAUGUUCGCUCUGUUAGAUUAGUGGCAGAGGCUUGCCCUCAUCUCUCUACAAUCAGCCUGUCGCUCUCCACUAACAUUCGGGAAGUUUAUCUCGCAUGUACUAAUCUUGUGUCACUUAACUUGAGCAACUGUGCUUCUCUCUCAGUGCUCAAUUUGGAAUGUCCCCGCCUCCUGACCCUUUCUCUCCACGGCUGUGGAAUCGAGUUUCAGAUGCUUGAAGUUGCCCUUCAGGGAUGUACUAUUCUAAAGAGUCUAGAUCUUCGCAACUGUACUAAGAUCAUCGCUGCUGAUUUAGCCUCUAUUCGUGGUCGAGCCCUCAGCAUCAAACGUCUCUACAGCACCAUACCUCCAGAGCACCGGCUGCCUUCAUAUUAACAUUUGGCAUGCGCAAGGCUCGGUUAGGACAACUUUUUUCGAAGAACACUAGGCACCAGACGAGGUUCUAUGAAGCAGUCAUUGUAUAAGUAAUUUUGUUGAUCUAUCUACAGACUAAAGAUACGAAGUUAGGAGAGUUUUGUUGCCUCAAGCAACAUAUUCGUGAAAUACCUAGAUUUUUUUUUUUUUUCAUAAGGAAUUUUACCCUCUCUCAAUGUAUUUGCUCACUAUGAGAGGUAUGACAGUCGGGAUUAUUAUGACUAGAAUCACAUCUGCAGCUUCUGUGGUUCUUAUUUCUAUCGUACCUUCUGUACAUAUAUUUGGUAUGAGGAACCCUCCUUACCGCUCGCUCUUGAACAUGAGCUUGAGUGGGUAAAUUUAUAUUUUGCUGUGAGGCCUUUGAGACAGAAUCAUUAAGUGAUCAGUUACCUGACUGACCAAGAUCGUUACGAAAA